AUGGCCUCCGCCGGCGGUUCACUCAUGGCCGUGCUCUCUGAGGUUUACGAGUGUUCAGUGAACGCCACUCGACCGAGCCGAACCCCCGAGGAGGUGGCGCGCGCCAUCGUCAGCGGCGUGCGCGCGCACGAGACGGCGGGUCGCCACGGUAACGAGGCGGACGCCAGCUGCUUGGCGCUGACGCUGAUCGGCCGGAUGGUUGCCAGGGCGACGGCUCCCGCUCCGCACGGCCGCGUCGCCGGCUUCUACCGGGAUGCGGUGGAGGUCCUGCUUCAGGACCUGGACGUGGUGUCUCAGAUGGUGGCCAAGUUUGGCUGCGAAGAGCAAAUGGUCAGCCACUUGGCCGCAAAGAGCGCCUCCGCCUGUGUCCUCUACCGACUGCAAGUAUCCGGGGCGGUCAGUCCCGCGUGGCAUCAGACAUGCCAGCGGGCACUCCUCAGUUCGCCCGCCGGCCCCGAACUGGACGGCGUCUUGUGGUCGCUGACCUGGGUCCUCCAGAAACUUCUCCAGGACAAGCGUCCAGAACCGGUCAGGAUGCUUCUGAUGGCGUUCGACGCGAGCGUCAGCGCCUCGACGUCCAGGUUCCUUCCCGCGGACCGGAGCCGCCUCGGCGCGGCAGACACCUCCUGCCUCCUGCUGGACCUUCUCGAGCUUCUUACGGCGUCCGGUUCCGCGGCGCCCGCCGGCACGAGGGGUCCGAGGUUGACGUACAUCCACGCCGCUGCGUUGAUCGACGCCGUUAGCCGUGCGCCGCGCUACUUCGUCAGCAAGAGGGCGGCGCUCUUGCUAAAGCGGGCGGCGCUGCGGAAGGCCGGCGAGGACUGGCUGGGGGCGUCCGGAGAGAACGCCGCCUCGGACGCCUCGGACGUCGGCGUUCUAGCCGCCGCGGUGUCGGAUGCGCUGGCGGCCGGUUGGUUGACGAGCGUCCGCGUGGAGUCGGCGCGGUUUUUCGGCGGGACGAGCGCCGCCGGAGGGGGCGCGGGAGACCCGGUGAUGCUGCGCGCCCUCGGCCUGCUCGUCAUCAAGAGCGUCCAGCAUCGCGUCGUGUCCGCCGCCGCAGGUGCCGCCGAGGCCGGUGGGCAUCUGGGUUCCCUGUGGCGUUUCCUGCGCGAGAAGGGCGUGCGGCCGACGGACACCGAUCACGACUGCGGCGUCCUCCCGCUGCUGUUCGGCGAGCAGGAUGACGACAUGAUGGAGGCCGCCAAAGCCGCGCUCGUCGUCUUCCUCCAUCUCAGAGACGACUGGCGCCCGGACGACUCCGCGCCCGUCCGAGCGUCCUGCGUCGCCGGCUGCAACCCGCACUGCCACUUCCUGUUCCUGCUCGGCGCCGUCUCGGCGGACCACCGCAUCCUGCUGGACUUCCUCAUCUCCACGGAAACCUGCUUCCUGGACUACCUGGUGCGCUACCUGCGCUACCUGAGGACCGACCGGCGGGGAUUCGCCGCCUCGUGCCGGCGGCUGGACGCCGGCGGCCGCUCCGCCUCCGGCGCGGCAGCGCCGCCUCCGGCUCCGGCUCCGGCUCCCUCCGGGGGUUGCCGCCUCGUGGACUACGAAGAUUCGGACGAAGAGGCGAGCGGAGACUCCCCGGGUUCGGAGCGGUUGCGCUCCAACGCGGGGGCGAGCGAUGACACGCUGGCUUGGGCGCUGGGCUGCCUGGUGCGACUGCGCCGCAUGCUGGCGAGGCUGCAGAGCAAGAACCUUUUUCCGUACAAGGCAGACUCGCUCCUCAAACUCUUAAUGCAAGCAAUACAACUGCUUAACGCCGGCUGACGGACUCGGCGCUUCGUAUUAGAGGGCAAUAAUUCCUCGUUGCGUCCGCAACUGAUCAAUCGUCAAUUUGGUUGAACUUGACAUUGUCCGAAUCCUCGCAACAGAAAAUGUUUUCCGAUUUCUGCAGCCCUCCAUGUUUGCAGACUGAUUGUCUUUGUGUUUGAAAAGAAUGAUUGACAUUUGCUGAUUUUCUGACGGAUGUUACAGACCAAACCGAGAACACAAUCAUCAUCAAUUUAUGUCAAUUUGAAAUCGUGUCCUGUUUUUCAAUAAAAGUGUA